AUGCAGUGCGGGGAUGACAGGGGAGGAGGUGGGAGGAUGGGGGAGAUGUUAGUCAAGAGGAGAGGAGACUCAGAAUGCAGUGAAGAGAUGAAGGGAGAGCAGAAGAAGAAUGGAGUGACAGGUGGUGAAGACGUGGAGAAGGAGUCCCUGAUGAUGGAGCUGACGAGGCUGGUGCAGAAGACGGUGAAAGAGAGCAGCUGGUGGGAGAGGAGAGGGAUCGACUGCAGCAUCCUGGCAGCAGCUUUCCUCUGUCUGCCACCUGCCUUCCUGCUGCUGGGCUCCUCUCAGGUCCUCUGCUUUGCGGCGGGCGUGCUGCUGAUGGGCGUGGCUCACGCUGUCAUCACCGUCAAGGGGACGCACCUGGCGAGCCACGGGGCACUGAGCGAGUCGCAGGCCUGGGCCAAGUUCUGGGCCGUCUUCUUCAUCGAGAUCUGCGGCUCGUUCUCAGCACAAGCCGGCAUUCACGGCCACAUCAAGAUGCAUCACGCUCACACCAACGUCAUCGGACUGGGCGACUCCAGCGUGUGGAAGGUCCCCUUCCUGCCUCGCACCGUCUACCUGUUCGUAGCUCCCCUGGCCGUGCCCAUCAUCACUCCACUCGUUGCACUCGCUCAUCUCAAAGGACACUCGUUGGCCCAUGUCGUUAGGACCAUGCUGAUGGUAGCACUGGGCCUGUAUUCUCAGUACUGGCUGCUGAUCCACGUCUCCGGCUUCCUGUCACCUCUGAGCGCUUUGCUCUGCAUGCUUGUUUGCAGAGCAAUGUUCUCGGUGCCGUAUAUCCAUGUCAACAUUUUCCAGCACAUCGGCCUCCACAUGUUCUCUCCGACCCAGCGACCUAAGAGGAUCUACCAGAUGACCCACGGAGUCCUGAACCUGCCGCGUAACUUCCUGCUGGACUGGAUGUUUGGACACUCGCUCAUUAACUGCCACGUGGAGCACCAUCUCUUCCCCUUCCUGUCUGAUAACAUGUGUUUAAAGGUGAAGCCUGUCGUGUCCAAGUACCUGGCUGAAAAGCAGCUUCCAUACCAGGAGGACAGCUACCUCUCCCGCCUUCACCUUUUCUUCCACAAAUACCAGGAGCUGAUGGUGUUCGCCCCGCCCAUCACAGAGCUGGUGGGAGUGCAGUGA